GCUGAACGCGUGUGUACAAACUCAUUCUAAACGGACGCGACCUUAAAUAGGAACAUAAACAGGCUAAUUUCUUCACAUCUAGUGUAGAAGCAAAGACUCAAAGAAACGAUUCCAUUAUGGAUGAUAUUUAUAUGAAACAAGGAUUGGUAUUGAAGGAAGUUAAGCAUGUGUUCCAGAAACUCAUUAGCGAGAAUCCCAUGGAAAGUUUGUGUAUGGUUGACAUUAUCCAAAGGCUUGGCAUUGAACACCUCUUCGAAGAGGAAACUGAAGCCGUUCUUCAGAACCAUCAUUUCAUAUUUAGCAGUCAUCUUAAUGAUUUUUCGGAUAACCAUAAACUUUAUAAAGUUGCACUUGCCUUCCGUUUACUUAGACAAAGAGGCCAUUAUGUUCAUGCAGAUUUAUUUGACAGCUUGAAGAGUAACAAAAGAGAGUUUAGAGAAAAAUAUGGUGAAGAUGUGAAGAGUCUCAUUGCCCUGUAUGAGGCAACCCAGUUAAGUAUUGAAGGAGAAGAUAGUGUUGAUGAAGCAGGUUACCUCAGCAACCAACUUCUUCAUGCAUGGUUGACAACACAUAAAGAACAUCAUGAAGCAAUUUAUGUUGCUAACACUCUUCAGAGUCCACUUCACUAUGGCUUAUCAAGAUUCAGGGACAAAAAUAUGCAUCUAAGUGAUUUCAAGACCAAGAAAGAAUGGACAUGCUUAGAGGAACUUGCUGAAAUCAAUUCCUGCAUAGUUAGGUCCAUGAACCAGAAUGAAAUAAAACAAGUUUACAAAUGGUGGAAAGAUCUUGGAAUGGCGAAGGAGGUGAAGUUCGCAAGGUAUCAACCUCUUAAAUGGUACAUGUGGCCAAUGGCGUGCUUCACAGAUCCAAGCUUUUCAGACCAAAGGAUUGAGCUAACUAAACCUAUCUCUCUAAUCUACAUUAUUGAUGACAUCUUCGAUGUUUAUGGGACAAUAGACCAACUUACUUUAUUUACAGAUGCCAUUAAUAGAUGGGAAUUGGCUGGCACAGAGCAACUUCCAGACUUCAUGAAAAUGUGUCUAAGUGUUCUUUACGAAAUUACAAAUGAUUUCGCGGAAAAGAUCUACAAAAAACAUGGAUUGAACCCUAUAGAUACCCUGAAAAGAUCGUGGGUGAAAUUGUUGAAUGCUUUCUUGGAAGAGGCACAUUGGUUGAAUUCUGGACAUUUGCCAAGGUCAGAGGAGUACUUGAACAAUGGAAUUGUGACCACAGGAGUGCAUGUGGUGCUUGUCCAUGCAUUCUUCCUCUUGGAUCAGACUAUAAACAAGGAAAUUGUUGCUAUCGUGGACAACUUCCCAGAAAUUAUACAUUCAGUGGCAAAAAUUCUUCGUCUUUCUGAUGAUUUAGAGGGAGCUCAGAGUGAAAAUGAAAACGGACUUGAUGGGUCAUACCUUGAUUGCUAUAUGAAUGAACAUCAAGACAUUUCAACUGAAGACGCACAAAGUCAUGUUUGCCACUUGAUUUCACGUGAAUGGAAACGUCUCAAUGGACAAGUCCUCACCUCAACUGGAUUACCCUCAUCAUUCACCAAAUUUUGUCUCAAUGCAGCUAGAAUGGUACCUUUGAUGUACCAUUAUCAAAGCAAUCCUAGCCUCUCCCGUCUACGAGAACAAAUACAAACGUUGCUUGAUGUCGAUGCUGGACACAUAUAGUUAUUAUUUAUGCUUAGUCCUUUAGUUGAAGGUUAUUGGCUUAUUGCUAAGUAGUUUCACUUUCAUUAGCAUGAAAGCACGUAUGUUUAUCAUCAAUUAGGUCCAACCUGUUUGUGUUUGUGUUUUAACUUUUUGUCUCUAAUAAUAAAAGCAUUUAAUUAACCUCAA